UAGCCUAAAACCAAUCCUUUUUUGAUUCCGUGAAGUAAGCAAAACUUAGAAGUUUUCUAAUCUUUUAAGACCAAAAACAAACCAUUCUUGGAGUUGCAUCUGGGACUUCCCUUUGCAAUUUGAGGGAAAGCUAGCAACAGAAAAGCUUAGAUGACAGUUUGUUGAAAACCAAUUGCAGAAGUGACAGUAGCAAGCAUUUUCUCUUACAAUUUUUUUCAACUAAGGGGGCUCAAAUUUUGGUUUAAUUCUCUAUAAUCCAAUCUUUAAUUAUUAGACCAUUUUCACAAUUUAUUUUCUAACUUUUUUACUAUCAUUUUAGAAUAACUGAUCUGUUUCCUUAGUCCCCCUGUAAGGAAAAAUGAUGUCUUAACAAUGCAUCAUAUGCAAUCAAUAAACAAUCUUUCAAAGUUUCUUUUAUCAAAUCUACAAAUGUUUUUAUCAUUAAAACUUUCAUGAUUUAGAGAAAAUAUUGGAUGCUGCCGUGAAAAGACUCCAAGAUGCCAAUCCCCGUAACUCCAAAAUUUUGUAUUUUUACAGAAUUUUACAUUUCCGACCAAGAAUUAAACAACAAUUCCAUACAUCAUCACCUUGGAAUAAAGAAAGGUGGAAAAACAAUGUGAACUACUUAAAUUAAUUUAAUCUCUCAGAAAAAUAAUGUCAACUUGCAAAUUCAAUAUCAUCAUCGUUAUCAUUGCUGUAUAAUUAGAAAUUUUUUAAUGAUGCAGUGUAUAUGGCUGAUUAUAAAAGGCUAUGUUGCGAAAGAUUCUAAUUUGUUUAUUUAUUGGUCAACUUUCUAGUAAGGAUUUUAAUGCCCUUUCCUUCCUGUAGCUUGGCUUCAAAGGCUUACAGAAUAUUGAAUAAAAACUAUCUUCUAGUUUCAAAGAUUGGCGUUGAAUUGAAUCGAUCAUGGAACUGCUUUCAAGCUGGUGUUAUGAUGGAUCCUUACCAGAAAGUUAUGUGAUGCCACCAGAGAGAAGACCCGGAAAGCUCAUUGUUCCAUUUGGAAAAUCCAUUCCAGUGAUUGAUCUUGAGUGUCAUGAUCGAAACGAGACAAUUCAGCAAAUUAUGAAAGCUGGUGAAGAGUAUGGAUUUUUUCAGGUAAUCAACCAUGGAGUUUCUGUGGAUUUAAUGGAUGAAACCAUGAAUGUUGCAGAGGAAUUCCAUGCAAUGCCAGGCUUGGACAAGGAAAGGGAAUGCUCCAAGGACCCAAACGGAAGCUGCAAGCUGUACACAAGCAGCUAUGCUUAUCCCAGGGAGGAUUUUCACUAUUGGAGGGAUGUCGUGACACAUCCUUGCCAUCCUUUAGAGGAAUGCAUUCAAUUUUGGCCUGAAAAGCCAACUAGAUACAGAAAAGUGGUUGCAGCGUAUUUGGUUGAAUUAAGGAAGUUGAGUUGUAAGAUUUUGGAGUUGAUCUGUGAAGGAUUAGGACUUAGCACCGGAUAUUUAAGCAGCCACCUCAUUGAACUUCCAAAAAUUAUGAUCAAUCACUACCCUCCGUGCCCUGAACCAAGUUUGACACUGGGAUUAUCCAAACACCGGGACCCUUCUAUCAUCACCAUUCUUCUUCAAGGCCGCAUACAAGGGCUUCAAGUCUUCAAGGAUGGCCAAUGGAUUGGCGUUGAACCUCUUCCUCAUGCCUUUGUCGUCAAUAUAGGCUACCUGUUACAGAUUAUCAGCAAUGGGAAACUCGAAGGAGCAGAACAUCGUGUCGUGACGAAUUCAAGAGAUGCCAGGACAACUAUUUCCUACUUUGUUUAUCCUAGUGAUCAAAGCCUCAUAGAACCAGCAAAAGCUUUGGUCAAUGCAUGCAAUCCUGCAAUUCACAAAGCCUUCAAAUUUGUUGACUUCUUUACUGCCUUCGUCCUCAAGCCUCACAAUACUGCGCGCCCCCACACCCUUAAUUGCUAGUCAAGUAUAUUAUUAUAGUUCUACUUCUGGUUCUAGUUCAUAUGCAUUUGUGAAUAUAUAUGUUUUGCUUUGUUUUCUGAUCAUUCCAAUCAUCAUCUUUGUCUGAAGUCAAAUGGAGCGUAUGUAGCAACAAAAUCAAAUUGUAACAAGGCUGCUGUAAACUACUACUGAGCUGGUUUGAUUGGACAAAUAUUUUAGUAGUUAUAUAUGGGCAGUUUGAUUUAA